AUGAAGGCAGUGCCGCUUCCAUCCGCAAAGUGGCUGUGGUCUGCUCCUGCUGACGACGACAAUGGCAAUGAAACUGGUGGUGGCUCCAACGAUAGUGGAAUUUCACCUGCGCCCCCAUCUGACGACGUCCCCACUUGUCCAGCAUGGAAUCCAGAUGACGUCACCCAGCUUCCCAAUCCAAAUGACUGCAGCAGCUUCUACAAGUGUGACGAGAACGGCGUUGCCUGGCUUAUUCCAUGCCCAGCCGGCCUAGAGUACAAUGCAGAGUUGAGGGUGUGUGACUACCCAGAAAAUGCUGGUUGCUCGACGUCGUUCUCACCAAGCAACCCUUCUGAUCAUACUCCUUCUGAGGGAGAGCAGGACAACGGAAAUUCAGAGGGAGGCAGUGACAUAAAUCCACAACCACCCACUGGAGAUGCUCCCAGUUGCCCAGCAUGGAAUCCAGAUGACGUCAACCAGCUUCCUAAUCCCAGUGAUUGCAGCUCCUUCUACAAGUGUGACGAGAAUGGUGUGGCUUGGCUCAUACCGUGCCCAGCUGGUCUUGAGUACAAUGCCAACCUGAGAGUCUGUGAUUAUCCUGAAAGUGCUGGCUGCUCAUCAUCAGCUGCUCCAAGUAACCCAUCUGGCGACGAAUCCCCUGAUGGCGAUCAGAACAACGGAAAUGCUGACUCUGGUAACGGUGAUAGCCCACAGCAACCACCUGGAGAUGCUCCCACCUGUCCACCUUGGAAUCCAGAUGACGUCACCCAGCUGCCUAACCACAGUGACUGUAACAGCUUCUACAAGUGCGACGAAAACGGUGUAGCAUGGUUGAUCACGUGCCCAGCUGGUCUGCAGUACAACGCCGAGCUGAGGGUGUGUGAUUACGCUGGACAUGCUGGGUGUUCUGUCUAA